AUGGCAGCGGGCACAGCAGAGGCACACAUGGAGGAGAUGGUGGACCAGGGUCUGGGGAUGGAGGAGACGGCCCACGACAGUCUGCUCAGGAGGCCCUCAUUGAGGGAGAUCUACCACAGCGAUACACUGCUGGCACCUGACACUGACUUCAUGACAGAUUUCCUGUUUGAACUCACUCCCGUUCCUGCAGAUGACCGCAGCUCGGCGGCCAGUGGCCUGGACGUGGCCGACCGGCUGACCUAUCUGGAGCAGAGGAUGCAGAUGCAGGAGGAUGAAAUCCAGCUGUUGAAGAUGGCUCUGGCUGACGUCCUCAAGAGGCUCAACAUCUCUGAGGAACACCAGGCUGCUGCUGCAGCGGCUGCUGGAAGGAGAGCACCGGGAGCCAAAGCCAGGCCAGUGUCUCUGGCUCUGCCCUCCAGACCGCCCAUGGUGACCUCCAGCGCUGCCUCCCUGAAGAAGAGCUCCACGCUGCCCUCCAGCUCCACAGCCAGGAACUACAGCCCAACACCGCCCCGGAGUGGUGUGAGGAGCCCAGCAGGUAGCCUGAAGGACAGUCCGUGCAAGACUGCCAAAGCACGACCCUCCUCUGCAGCCUCGACCUCUAAGAAAGUCCAUGAAGGCAGCAAGUCCAAGGAGGCUGCAGUCAGUCUAGGGACAAGGCGUGUGACACAGUGCAAAGUGACUAUGCAGAUCUAUCUGAGCCCCCUCGCAAGAAAGACUGGGUCUUCUGAGGCCGCCAAAUCCACAGCCACUGUGCCUGCCAACGGUGGGCGCGUGGCCACACCUAACAACCCUCAGGCGAAGGGGGGCACCAAGCCAGAGACGAGGAGGAAAAACCCAUCCUUCACCUUAAACCUCCAGAAAACCACAACCAGUCAGAACGCACAGCAGGAAACAUCCAGCUACAAAAGCCCGCUUAAAUCCCCCAGCCAGUACUUUCAGAUCUGCUACUGAGGAAGAAGAAUUUUCUGUCUCAUGGCACAAAUUUCAAAUUUACUGUUGUUGACUAUAAAUUUGAGGGCAAAUUGAGUUUAUAGAACCACAAUGUCAAACAAAUGAGUGAAACAGAAACUGCAAAUAAAGACUUUCUUUCAGUUUGGACAAAACAAGAAAAAGAUUUUUUAAAUGUGGAAGACGUAAGAAGAAGUAAGGAUGACAUGAUUUUUCUCUGUAGCUCAUCCAUUGUUGAGUUUUGGGUGUGUAAACAAUGUCGCACUUGCAGCAAUUUGUAACAUUUCCAUUUAGAUGUUUGGCUUCAUAGUGUGAGUGACUGACUUUGGCAAUACAGUGUUUUAUGACAUAUUUAUUUCAUUUUGAUGAUAGUUUGAAAUGCACUUUUUUUUUACAGUCUAGUUGUAAAUCCAUUUCUCUGCAUUGUUUCAUUGGAUGCCUGCCUGUGUUUAAAUCUUCUCUUCCUCACUCUAAAUGUGAAGUCUUCAGUGUGUUUGGCAUGGUAAGCAUGUGUGUCUGUGCUGUAGUCGUCUUUGAACGCUGACUGUGUGAGUCACGCGAGAGGGAAACUGUGUUCAAUGUCAACGAGUGUGUCACUGAGUCUGUCUCAUGCCUGUUUGCUGUGAUGUUUCCAGUUUUGUAGUUGACGUUCCACUUUAAUCUUAGUUAAUAUAUGGUGCUAUACGUACCCGAAUCAGCCAAUAACGCUCAUUCUAGUUCAGGAC